AUGCAUUCCGCUAUCUUUGCUCUCGUUGCUAUCACCGGCCUCGCUUCUGCAGGCCCUACUGCCCAGCAGACUGAGUGCCAGGGUGUAGGCCAAUUCUUCGUCUGCGCGAACAACGGUUUCCGUGGAUGGUGCUCCAACGACCCUUGCGACAAGAAGUGGUGUUCCGACUUCGUGGAGAAGACCUGCGACCCUGUUUUCAUCACUGAGCCCCCCAAAGGCAAGGUGCCCGAGCCCGAGGAUGAGGGCCACUGGGAGGGAACUGCAAACCCAGCUGUCCUCCCCGAGGGACAGUGUGCUCCCAACACAGGCUUCUUCCAGGUCUGCUCCAACGGCUUCAAGGGCUGCUGCAAGUUUGAUGCCUGCAGCUCCAAGAAGCCCAUCUGCCCUACCAAGAACUCCAAGCGCACUGACGACACUGUCUGUGCUCCCGGCACUGGCUUCUUCCAGAGCUGCUCCAAUGGUUUCCGUGGCUGCUGCAAGACUGAUGCUUGCACUGGUACCGCUGGUGUCUGCCCCGAUGCCGAGACCAAGACCGAUGACAAGCACGCCGAGCCCGAGACUUGGGAGCACGAGCCCGUUGAGACUGAGGUGACCAACGCCGCUGUCGUUGCUGAUCCCACCGUCUGUGCCCCUGGUACCGGUUUCUUCCAGAGCUGUUCCAACGGCUUCCGUGGCUGCUGCAAGUUUGACGCCUGCUCUGGCAAGGCUCCCGUCUGCCCUACCAAGAACGCCAAGCGUGAUGCCGAUCCCACUGUCUGCCCUCCCAACACUGGCUUCUUCCAGAGCUGUUCUAAUGGUUUCCGCGGAUGCUGCAAGGCCGAUGCCUGCAGCCAGGCCCAGCCCAUCUGCCCUCCUACUGUCUCCAAGCGCCAGGCUGACCCUACUGUUUGUGCUCCUGGCACCGGUUUCUUCCAAAGCUGCUCCAACGGCUUCCGAGGUUGCUGCAAGUCCGACGCUUGCUCUGGCAAGGCUCCCAUCUGCCCUCCCACCGUUGCUAAGCGCCAGACCGACCCUACCGUCUGCCCUCAAGGAAGCGGAUUCUUCCAGAGCUGCUCCAACGGCUUCCGCGGCUGCUGCAAGGGCGACGCCUGCGCCGGCUCCUGGUGCCCCGAUGCCCAGACCCUCAAGGUUAAGGUCCGAUCUGCCACUGCCGCUUCCACCGAUGGCACAUGCCGUCCCGGCACCGGAUUCUUCCAGGUCUGCAGCAACGGCUUCAAGGGAUGCUGCAAGAAGGACGCCUGCGCUGGCAAGCGACCUGUCUGCCCCAAGUAA